AUUUACAAACAAUAAAGACCUAAGGUAAAAAGAAAGCAGAUUUGUAGGCCUAGUGGUUUUCCCCAGAAAGAAACUUCACUUUAAUGACAAUACCUUCCUGUUAUUUUCUAGUCAGCAGCCUAACAGUUUUGAUCAUUCUCCGGAUUUGUCUGAUGGCUGACAGUAAAGAAGGAGAGGAGAAAGACGAGUUUCCGAAAACUUUGGAGGAUUUUGGAUUUUACUUUAAUGAAGAUGGCCAGAUGAGAGAUUUUAAAACAGAUGAGCCAUUUAAUUUUGUGGUGGACCCUGACAACCACAAAUACAAUCAGAGGCGAUAUGAAGCUCUUGGAAAUAUUAUAACUGAACAUGUGUAUCAGUUACUAGAGGAAAAACAUAAUCUUAAGAAGGUCAAAAUUCCUGUGGAUGCAGAGUGUGAUGAGCCCACAUCUUUCUUCUACAUGUCAGAGGAUGCCUUAGACAAAGACAAGCUGUUGAUCCUGAUUCAUGGGAAUGGGGUAGUCAGAGCAGGUCAAUGGGCCAGGAGGUUGAUCAUCAAUGAUUGCCUGGACUCUGGUACCCAGUUACCGUUUAUUGACUGGGGUGUGAAGGAGGGAUAUGGGAUAAUAGUGGCUAAUACGAACUACAACAAAGCAGAAGAUCACAAACAUGGAGAGGAAAUCAGACGCAGUGAGGGCCCAGAGGAACACAUGGAGUGUGUAUGGAAGAACUUUGUAGAGAAAUCUAAGGCUAGUGCCAUAGCAGUAGUGGCUCACAGUUAUGGUGGAGUAGUCACCCUAGAUCUGGUCAUCAACCACGUAGAUGAGUUUUGGAAGCGAGUUUUUGCUGUGGCCCUUACGGACUCUGUUCACAGCUUCAGUCACCAGUAUGGGGAUGAUAGUGUUAUUGAAUUCUACAAACAACGUGGAAAAAACUGGGCAUCCUGUCUGGAUGAGUUAGACACUCCGCUGGAGAGCCAGUCAGAUUUUUGUCCCACAGUGGCAGCAGGCACAGAAAAACACGAAUACACAAGCUACAGCAGCAUGCAUUCCAUUUUCAAAUUUUUGUCUGAAAAAUACAAGGAGAUGACAGAAUCUGGAGAGAAAGAAUCAAAGCCUUCAGGAAGGAGGAACUCAUUAAAAGAGGAUACAGAUCAGGAGCCUAUGUCACAGGAUGUAACAUCCAGUCAGAUUGAUGUUGAUAUGAAUUCACAGAAUCCCGAAGGAAGCCAGAAAGAGGAGUUGUGAUUGGUCCAUUAAAGAACUUGAUUAUUUAUUGUUUUGCAGAAGAAUAUAGAUAUACAUGUAUAUUCAUUUUACAUACAACAUUGUACAUGUGUUUGUUGCAUCAAACAACUUUAUGAAGUGUUUGAAAGUGGCAUUAUUUUCUUAUCUGUUUCAAUGAAAGGAGUUUAUGAGAUAAGUAAAUAAAGGUGUGUAGUUACAA